AUGUCAAAGUACCCCACGGCGCUAACUCCGCAUCGAGACUGGAUGAGUCUAUUCCAAGGAGCCCAAUCUGGCUUGAUUGGAGCGCUCAGUAUGGCUUUCCCUCAACCCCUGAAGCACGGCAUCGUGGAUGUUCCUCUGCCCAUCCUCCGUGAUAACGAUGUCCUGAUCAAGGUCAAAGCCUGCGGUGUCUGCGGUACGGAUUUACAUAUCCAUGAGGGUGAAUUCAUCGCCAAGUUUCCUUUGGUUCCUGGCCACGAGACGGUGGGUGUGGUUGCGGCCGUCGGUCCUAAGGUCAAGGGUUUCGAGAUCGGGGAGCGCGUCGUCGCUGAUAACUCUGAACUGUGCGGCGAGUGUUUCUACUGUCGUCGGGGCCAGGAGCUGUUCUGUGAACAUUUCGAGGCUCACGGUGUCACUAUGAACGGCGGAUUUGCCGAGUAUUGCGCCUAUCCCGCGGGCCGGGUGUUCAAGAUUAAGAACAUGUCGGAUGUUGAUGCCACGCUCCUGGAACCGGCUUCCUGCGCCGCCCACGGUCUGGACAAGAUCGCACCUAAGAUGGGCUCUUCUGUGUUGUUGUUUGGUGCGGGUCCCACCGGCUUGAUUCUGGCACAGCUUCUCCGUCUGAAUGGCGGAUGUCGUGUAGUGGUGUGCGCACCUGAGGGUCUGAAGAUGGACCUAGCCAAGUCGCUAGAUGCGGGUGAUGAAUAUAUUGCUCUGUCCCGCCAGGAUCCGUCCGCGCAGUUCCAGAAGCUGAAGGCGGACAACCCGUAUGGCUUCGACAUUGUCGUGGAGGCUACAGGCAAUGUAAAGAUCCUCGAAGAUUCUAUCAACUACGUCCGUCGCGGCGGGAAGCUCGUCGUGUACGGCGUGUAUGCCAACAAGGACCGGGUGUCCUGGCCUCCGAGCAAGAUCUUCGGCGACGAGAUCACCAUUCUGGGCAGUUUCUCCGAGACGUACAAGUUCCCUGCGGCCAUUGAUUACCUGGAUACAGGCAAGGUCAGGGUCAAGGGCAUUGUGAACAAAGUGUACAACAUCCAUCAGUGGGAGGAAUGUCUACAGGCGAUGAAGAACAAGACUGCCAUUAAGGCGGCGAUUACAUUUGAUUGA